AUGAUUACCGGUAAGGAUAUUUAUGAUGUUUUUGCGGCUAUUGUGCCCUUAUAUGUGGCUAUGAUAUUAGCAUAUGGUUCAGUUCGGUGGUGGAAAAUCUUCACACCUGAUCAGUGUUCUGGCAUAAACCGAUUUGUUGCUGUAUUUGCAGUUCCACUUCUUUCUUUCCACUUCAUCUCAUCCAAUAACCCUUAUGCUAUGAAUUACCACUUCAUAGUAGCUGACUCUCUUCAAAAAGUUGUCAUUUUGUGUGCUCUUUUUCUGUGGAACACCUUCACAAAACAUGGCAGCCUUGACUGGACGAUCACCCUCUUCUCACUUUCCACUCUCCCAAACACACUUGUCAUGGGAAUCCCUUUGUUAAAGGCCAUGUAUGGAGAUUUUUCAGGAAGCCUUAUGGUUCAAAUUGUGGUUUUGCAGAGUGUCAUAUGGUACACUCUUAUGCUGUUCAUGUUUGAAUACAGAGGUGCUAAGCUCCUCAUCACAGAGCAGUUCCCAGAGACUGCAGGGUCCAUUACAUCCUUCAGGGUUGAUUCAGAUGUUGUCUCACUCAAUGGCAGAGAGCCACUACAAGCUGAUGCAGAGAUAGGAGAAGAUGGAAAACUUCAUGUUGUGGUUAAGAGAUCAGCUGCUUCCUCUAUGAUAUCAUCAUUCAACAAGUCCCAUUUAACUUCUAUGACACCUAGAGCUUCAAAUCUUACUGGGGUUGAGAUCUAUUCAGUUCAAUCAUCAAGAGAACCAACCCCAAGAGCUUCAAGUUUCAAUCAAACAGAUUUUUAUGCCAUGUUUGCAAGUAAAGCACCGAGUCCAAAACACGGGUACACAAAUAGUUUCCAGAGUAAUGGUAUUGGUGAUGUUUACUCUCUGCAAUCUUCAAAAGGAGCAACACCAAGGACUUCUAAUUUUGAAGAGGAGAUGCUGAAGAUGCAUAAGAAAAGGGGAGGGAGGAGCAUGAGUGGUGAGCUGUUUAAUGGAGGUGGUUUGGUUUCUUCUUACCCACCUCCAAACCCCAUGUUUUCAGGGUCUACAAGUGCUGGCCCAAAAAAGAAAGAUAGCAGUGGUGGUGCACCUAACAAGGAGUUACACAUGUUUGUUUGGAGUUCAAGCGCAUCCCCAGUUUCUGAGGGUAAUCUGAGACAUGCAGUUAAUAGAGCUUCCUCUACCGACUCUGGGAUUGAUCAUUCCAAGGCUGUUCCACACGAAACUGUUGCCUCAAAAGCUGUUCAUGAAUUGAUUGAGAACAUGAGUCCUGGUCGCAGAGGGAAUGGAGACAGGGAGCUUGAAAUUGAGGAAGGAACAAAAUUUCCCACAAGUGGGUCUCCAUAUACCUGCCAAAAGAAGGUGGACAUGGAAGAAGGUGAUGCAAACAAAAAACAACAAAUGCCACCCACAAGUGUCAUGACAAGGCUCAUCCUCAUCAUGGUUUGGAGGAAACUCAUAAGAAAUCCUAAUACCUACUCAAGUCUCUUAGGACUCACAUGGUCUCUCAUAUCAUAUAGGUGGAACAUUGAAAUGCCGUCUAUUGUGAAAGGUUCCAUCUCAAUACUUUCUGAUGCUGGUCUAGGAAUGGCCAUGUUCAGUCUAGGUCUGUUCAUGGCAUUACAACCCAAGAUCAUUGCCUGUGGAAAAUCUGUGGCAGCAUUUUCCAUGGCUGUUAGGUUCUUGACAGGUCCAGCUGUAAUUGCAGCAACCUCAAUAGGCACUGGUAUGCGUGGAGUUCUUUUACAUGUUGCAAUUGUUCAGGCUGCCCUUCCCCAGGGUAUCGUUCCCUUUGUGUUUGCCAAAGAAUACAAUCUUCAUGCAGAUAUACUCAGUACUGCGGUUAUAUUUGGAAUGCUGGUUGCAUUGCCCAUAACAAUACUCUACUAUGUGCUACUUGGAGUCUAA